ACGUUUCGCGUGGAAUUAUUUCAGAAGCCGCCUGUUGGUGUAAUUCUAAACCAGAACAAUGCCCAGACGUUAAACCUGGUGUCUUCAAUGCUUCCGCAUGUAAAUUUGACUCCCCUACGUUUAUUUCUUAUCCACAUUUCUAUUUGGCUGAUGCCAGCUAUCGAGAAGCUAUCGACGGCAUGAAACCAAACAGGAGUAAGCAUGAGUUUUAUAUUGCCAUUGAACCGCAUACCGGAAUACCUCUGGAUGUACGUGCGCAGCUGCAGAUUAACAUGCUCUUGCAACCAGUUCGAGGAUUCAAGUUAUACGAGGAAGUUCCUGAACUCAUGGUACCUAUGCUAUGGUUUACUCAACGCGCAACUUUAACCACUGAGCUGGCAAAUCAGGCAAAGAUGGCUCUGAUGCUGCCAAAGUUAGGUAUCUACGUUGCUAUUUUCUUUGGUACAACUGGGAUCUUGCUCGGGGGAAUUUUCGCUCUCAAUUUUCGUUCUCACUUCACUGAUAUGACACUCAUAAUAACCCAGAUUCCGCGGCAGAUGUCACUUUGCGACGUUUUUCUCACUUACGUGAGUCUCGUAAUAGGAUUUUGUUCACUUCACUCUGAUUUCACCGUGAAGUGACUCCCGUAAUAAGCACCAGUAUAAAAAUCUCAUUUUAACUUUAACUAAUGCGAUAGGAGUGUGAAAGUGG